CAUUGCUCUCGCCUGGCAAGCCCAGAGUCGACGGCCAGAGAGGCCUCCUCCAGGAGAUGGACGCGGCUUCGUCCUCUUCGCUCGCUCCGUCCCGAAGCCUCGUGACGCUAUGAGCCUCCCACAUUGACGACAACGGCAGCAAGCGAGCAAACGUCGACGGCCACGAGGACGAGCAGACGCUAGGGCGGCUCGGCAUGCGCGGCCCCGCGGGCGAGGGCGCGCCCGAGACCGGGCCCGGCAUCACGGGCCGGGGUGGCGAGGCGGGCGGGCGUGGCGGCGCUGGCCGGGUCCAGGGCGAGGGAGGCGGGCAGCGGUUCCAGGCGAGCGCGGGGGGCUCGUUCGAUGUGCUCACGCUCGCCGUGGCCCUCAGGCGCAUCGAGCAGAGCGCGCGGCCGCUCAGGGACGCGCUCGAGGUGGUCAAGCACAUCGUGCGGUGGAGAACCCCAGUGGUGUCGGUCUUCUGUUGUUUGGUGUUGAACUUGUUCAUACUUGCACUAUCUCAUGGCGCCUGGCUGGCCCUGGCGACCCUGCUGCUGACGGUGCCGGCGACGUUGGGUUAUGCGCAGGAGCGCUGCCGGCCGCGCCUCCCCGAGGAGCAGCUCAUGGUGCAGAGGAGGCACUCGGUGUGGAAGGAGGACCUCAGCCGCAUCACACUGAGUCGGCACGAAGCCCUCGCGGAAACGAAACAUUUUUUAAUUCAACUUCAACAUAUGCUCACGAGAGCGUGCGAUUUGUGCGAGAUAUUCUAUGGCAUUAUCAGCUGGGAGAGUCAGGCGCUCUCGGUGAGGUUUUAUGGAUGUCUAUUGGCUGCACUUUAUACAUUUUACUUCCUGCCCCUGCACUGGAUGAUACUGUUGGUUGUGAAUAUAACGUUUUUCUGGAAUCAAGACUUCCUCAUAGUGAUGUCAGAGUGGUGGCGCAACCGGAAGCAGCAGCGGCGGCAGCAGCAGCAGCAGCAGCAGCAACAGGUUCAGCAGCAGCAGCAGCAGCAGGAAGAGGAGCUGGGGCCCCCGCUGUCUCCCGUGGAGGUCACCGUCACGGAGCCCAACGAGGCAGAGGAAGAGGCCGUUGCCCCCGAUAGCUACGGCAGUGAGGGUCUGAUGGAGGAUCCCGUAAAAUAUUUUUCUCAUGAGUCUUUGCAGCCAAGCACAGACGACAGCGAAGAGCAGUCACUGGAGGAUGAGUUUAAGGAUGCUAUCGAGGAGAGGAUGCUGCCUGUGUUGGGCGACGAAGACAGCCACUCGAGCUCUGGCGACCAGGACAUGGUGCCACUGGACAACGGAGGGCCCCCUGCCAGAAUUCCUGAGCCCAUUCGCUACAAGGUGGCCUCCAAGCUUGCCGAACUGAAGCGCAGGCACUACCCCACCAGCACCAGCGGAACGUGUACUUCGUGCAGUAACAAUUUCUCAGUGCUAAAGAAACGGCGGAGCUGCAGUAACUGUGGGAAUGGCUUCUGCACGCGCUGCCUCAACUAUCGCGUGACAAAAUCGGCGAUGGGGGCUACAGCUCCAGAUGCCCAAAAGGAGACGGUGCAAGUCUGCUACACCUGCUACGGCCGGCUGAAUAAGUACUAAACAGACACUGGAUCAGCCGGGGUCACGACAGGACCUGUGGAAGCUUUGAUUCCCCCGUCUGCGUCGGAUAACAGACCCUAUAAUCCUGUCGAACGCUUUAAAAGAGACACUGCGCAGACUGGGGGGGAAGGACGCUUGGACACGUGAAGCCUCGUGGAUAAGAUGAUAAAUGGCAGGAAAUGCCAGCCUCCCCCUUAACCCUCUCACCUGCAGUUCCCUCUGUGCACAGAUGAAGUUACGUGGAGUUUGCUUUGAACUGCUUUCGUCCUGCCAGAGUCUGCGCCGUUUUUGCCGCAACACGUUGCCACCUUGGGCUGAUAAUACAUUUCUGGCAGUGGAAUACUGUAUUAGAUGACAUUUGGAUGGGUGGUAAAGUGCUUAAGUGCAUUGAAAAAAUGUCUAAAUAAUGUUUGACAUGCGGGCCACUGUGAUAGUUGAACCUGCACAGGUGUUUAUUGUUUCACACACGUGGACGCGUGUCGCUUCUUUGCGUGAUUUCUGUAAAUCGGUCACAACUUUUUUGUUGUUUUCUGUUCAGAUUUCUGUCAAGAACGGUGGUGGGUUUUUAUUUGAAGGGGGGAUGGCAGUGGCGCAAGGGGUUUGCGGGGGGGGGGAGAGUUGGGUGGGGAAGUGAUAUUCUGCAAUAAGCAUUCCAUGUGUGUGACAUGUGUGUGACAUGUAUAGCUCAAAUGAGAAAUCCUUGCUUUUACAUAUGGGGCUUGUGGCAAACACUAUUAAACAGUAACCCCCCUCCCCCCCCCAUGUGCUGAUGUGGAUUCGUACAGAAACAAUUUACGGUUGGAGACCAGAAUGCUAUUUCAGUCCGGUAUUGUUUGUAAAUGCAUGGGCUUCGGCUCUUCGAUGCUGUGCUUGCAGACACGACAGAGUGGUCGUUUGCUUCCAGUCUUUUGAGAGCUUCGUGGGCGAUGGCACCUCGAAGCAUUCGUGAAUGAUAUUCAACUGGACUGUCCCCUGCCUGGAUACGUGAAUUGUGGCCCCUGGUUUAGCUUAUUUUCGGUCCGUGCGUGUCUCUCACCCUAUCCAAAGAAUGGAGAACUUAACCUCGCAGUUUGUUGUCAUUGAAGCGGAUUUAUUUUUUAUCGUGACCCAUGUUAACGGGAAACUUUACCGAAAUAUCGAUAUUUAUGAAAUAUAAGAGUGAAAUCAUUAAAAUCACCGUACAUCACACUUUAACCGCAGUAAACACGGCGCAUAUUCGCUAUACAAAUUUCACGAAAACUUGCUUCAUAAAUGCGGCGUAAUUUUCUGCUGACCGUUAUUCGUGCGCACAAGGGUCGCGAGAGCAAUGGGGACGAUCAGGACUCCAGGUCCGUUACUGUUUUUUGCCAAACGCUGCGACGUGGUAUGCCACAGUGAAUGUUCCCCUGGCUGCUGAGUAAAUCGAUUGUAACGUUGCAAUUUCCAUGGGGGUUGGCGGGGGGGGGGACCCACUUUACGGUUAAGUGCUGAAGCUAGAAACGCUUUGAAGAAAUGAUAAGAAGAUACCACUUGGAUUUGAAAUAUCGCAAUAGCGUGCAUCGAACGCAUUUUUUUUCUUGCUGGAGAAUCGUGAAAUGAAGCUUUUUGAAACAAGGUCAAUCUGUUAGCCAAUAUAAAAUAACCUUCUGCAGCACCAACGGUCUUCACGUGCUAGUCUAAGUCGGUUUUACUUUGGCGGCAAGUUUUCUUGGGAGGAGAAAAUAUUAGGUGUUGAAAAGUCCAGUUUCAGUGAAUUCCAAUUAAAUAUCUGUACUGGUGUUCCUGUAGACCUCGCUGGUUAACCAAUGGUUUGCUGCCAGGCUUACUAAAGCACGCAGGCAUUCACCACCUGAGGGAACAUGCAAUAAUAUGUUGGAUACGUUUUGAGAAAGCUUUGGCAUUACCAUAUCAAUACUUUUAUGCUGUUUUUUUACGAAUAUAUGAUUGCAUAUCUUUUCAUUUAUGGGCCCUCUUGUUAUUUAAAAAAUGAAGCCACCUAUGAUGUCACGUGAUUGUGGUUGCCUGCUUGUGUACCGAAUGUUUUUGUUAUUAUAGCGGCCAAAUGACAGCCCGAAGCAUCAAACUUGUCAGUUACCAUUUGUGGACACAUGGACACAGUAACGUUUUGUUUUACAGUAAAAGACAUUUUAAAUGCAUUUUAAAAUGUGUCAAUUUGUUAACAAUACUAGCUUUCUGUUACACAGCAGUUCAAUAAGGUGUCGCGCGCCAAUCUCGUAUUGUUCAUACAUUAAGUGUCACCAUCACGCUGAGGCUCAACUUAAUUGGCUGAUUACCCACGUUGAUUUCUUCAGCAUAUUUUGCAAACUAGAACAGGGUAGUUAGUACGUUUUAUGGCAUUAAAAAAAACAUACUUUUAGUGUUACUUGGUGUACAUGAUGCAUGUUUGAAGGCUUUUUUUCUUGACAAGGGAUGACACCAAAGCGACACACAGAAACGAUUUAAUUUGUGGGGGAGGGGCGAGAUUGAAAGCGCUCUGAUCUGCCAAUUUUAAGUCCGUCCAUUAAAUGUUCCACAUUUUGAGUUUGCCAUUGAGGGCAUGUGUUCUUUUGCAUAUUGCAGGUUUUCAAAAUGAGAUGCAUAUUUUUUUCUUAGAGAUAAAUAAAUGUUACAGUGGCGCACUGGCUUUCUUUUUGAAUACAUAUCUCUCUCCGUGUUGUCCUGGCUGUCUACGGAACCCCGCUGUUUUUUUCUUGACAGUUACGUUUUAACGGGAAGGACAUGUCAAGUGCUCGAGAAACAUUUGUUUUUAUAGAGUACUGUAUGUCCAGAUUUUUAAAUGGAGCAUAAUCAAACCCAGGCCUCGACGUGCAGGCACUUUAUUGGAUGGAUUUUUGGAGUCAAUCGAAUGCAUGUGCAAAAAUUAAACGUACACUUUAUUAUGAUAAGCGUUGCUAACUUGUGUUUAUGAAUCGUAAAGGUUUAACGCAAGGUUUCCUUCUCGUCUUGCGCGCUUUGGUGCGUCGGUGUGAUCUCUUUAUUUCGGAAUCGUCCCAUUUUUGAUUUACGAGAACGUUGGUGCAGAUAUUAAACUUAAAGAAAGCGUAUGUACAAUUAGCUUUACUCCUUUUUAUUACAGAUACAGAGUUUGCGUUGUGCCAGUUGAUUUUUUUUUGUUGUUGUAAAACGUUAGCCUUUACAGGCAAAAUUUACACUUGGGAACGGUGUGAAAUGCCCACGAACUUUAAUGUGACAUCUGUGUUUUAUUUCCACCCACCCCAUUUUAAAACGUUUCUUCUAGUCUUACAAACGUGCUUCUUGCUUUUGAAGCUCUAUGCAUUCAGCAGCUUGAUUUUGUAGAGCAUUUUGGCUCCUGUGCAAUGUUUACUUAGACAAAUGUUCCCCAGCACAUCGAGUGAAGAAAGAAGCUAUUGCGUGUAAACAAUUGAAAAAAAAGUCGCAGAAAGUUCAUGGAAGUGCAUUUUUUUAUUUAAAGCCCCAGGAAUUUUAGGUAGUGGUGGUUGGAGGAGGGAAUUUAAGAGUUUUGUUUGCCUGUGAAAUGAAAGUCAAAGCAACACUGGAAUAAACCAUCACGCUACUUUGUCUCGCCGGUAAUGGAUGUCCUGUGUACGUGGCUAAUUUGCACAGUAUCUUGACGCCGUUUUCUGAUUCAGUUUUUUUUGCGAUUAAUUUGUGUUUCUUAACCAGCACCUUAGCAGACACAGUUCCCUGCACGACGUCAACGUUCGUACACCUUGUGGUAUUUACAGUAAGCGCAAUACGUGAUUUAUCAAAAUACUGUAAUGAUUGUGGACACUUUACACACCGAUUGAAACCGUGACCUUUCUUGAGAUUGCGCGAGUAAUCAAAAAGUAACCGAACGAUUCCCCUGGCGAUCAUUUUCUUUUAUUGCAUUAAAAUGUACUUUUUCGUUACCCCCUUUAUUGUUGCAACAAGGCUUGUGUAUAAUCACAGUUACGUGAUUAUGUUACGCGAAACGUAGUAAUGGCGACGUUAAUCCGCGCAGAACGUCGGCGUGAAGUUAAAUUGUACAAUAAUUUAUAAGAGUUACGUUUUAAGGUUUUUUAUAACGAUUUGAGGGGGAGGGGGGAGGGUUUGAGUUUGGAUUUCUCUGUUCUGAACCCCUCUGUUUCUGUCAAUGCGUUCGUUUAUUGUGCGUGUGCACACCAAGGCAUGGCUGUUGUUCUUUGCCAAUAAUUUAUGCCCCCCCCCCCCUCCCGACUGUGUGCUCGUACACAUUUUAACGUUUCCAAAUAAAAUU